UAAGAAAAAAUUGGGCACCUGGGCAGCAUUUUGGUUCUAGCCUCUUAUCCCAAACAUUCACCAUGUCCCUCCUGCCAAACAAGAAAAUAGAGAAGAGAAAGCCUCCUUUUUGUUAUUUUGGAUCACUGCUCACAUAAUCAUGGUUGCUGUUGGAAAAGAAAAAUGAAACACGAAUUGGCUCAGGUGUUUGAAUUCGUAGGUUGUCAUUUGAGUUUGUCAUUCUACGUAGGAUUCCCCUCUGCCAACUAUUUAAUUAAUGUCGAUGUGGGACUCUGAUUAUUCCCCGUACACCAACCCAACUACGGCGUGGAACAACCAGCUCCGGCAGCUAUCGAAGCAACGGCAGUACAGAGAAGCUCUAACCCUUUACCGUCAUAUGCUCCGUUCUUCAUUCUUUCCCAACACCUUCACUUUCCCCUUUCUUUUCAAAUCUUGCGCCUUUCUCUCUCUCCCUCUCACUGCUUCCCAGCUCCAUGCACAUGUCAUCCGAACCGGGUCAAAACCCGACCCGUAUACCCGUUCCUCCCUCAUCAGUACCUACUCCAAAUGCUCCCUCCCUCACCACGCGCGCAAGGUUUUCGAUGAAAUGCCGAAUCCCACCAUUUGCUACAAUGCAAUGAUCUCCGGCUAUUCCUUCAACUCCAACCCUCUUGAGGCUGUCAAGUUGUUUCGUCAAAUGCGGAGGGAGGAGGAGGACAGUUUGGACGUUAAUGGUAACGUUAGUGUUAACGCUGUUACACUGUUGAGUUUGGUUUCUGGCUGUUCCGUGGCUACCCAUUUGAAAAUUGGGUCGUGCCUCCAUGGGUGUGUUGUUAGGUUUGGGUUUGUGACCGAUUUGGCUGUGGCGAAUAGUUUGGUCACUAUGUAUGUGAAAUGCGGGGAGGUUGAAGUUGCACGCCAAGUGUUUGACGAAAUGUUUGUCAGGGAUUUGAUUACUUGGAAUGCUAUGAUUUCUGGGUACGCGCAAAACGGGCAUGCUAGGACUGUUUUGGAGGUUUAUAAUGAGAUGAAGUUGAGUGGGGUGAGUGCUGAUGCUGUUACUCUUCUGGGGCUUCUGUCAGCUUGUGCAAAUCUUGGAGCACAAGGAAUUGGUCGGGAGGUGGAGCGCGAGAUUAAGCGGUUAGGUUUUGAUUCUAAUCCGUUUUUGAGGAAUGCGCUUGUGAAUAUGUAUGCUAGGUGUGGAAACCUGACUGAGGCGCGCAGGGUUUUUGAUUGCUCGGGGGAGAAGAGUUUGGUUUCCUGGACGGCAAUCAUUGGUGGGUAUGGGAUCCAUGGCCAGGGGACGGUUGCGAUAGAGCUUUUUGAUGAGAUGGUUAAGUCAGGUGUUAGGCCGGAUCAGACGGUAUUUGUGAGUGUUCUUUCGGCGUGCAGCCAUGCCGGGUUAACUGAUAGGGGUUUGGAGUAUUUUGAAGACAUGAAAAUGAAGUAUGGUUUGCAGCCUGGUCCGGAGCACUACUCUUGUGUGGUGGAUCUAUUAGGCCGUGCAGGUAGGUUGGAGGAGGCUGUGGAUCUCAUAAUGUCAAUGAAGGUGAAACCUGAUGGUGCUGUUUGGGGUGCCCUUCUGGGUGCUUGCAAGAUUCAUAAGAAUGUGAAGGUAGCAGAGUUGGCCUUUCAGCAUGUUGUUGAGCUUGAACCCAUGAAUAUAGGUUACUAUGUUUUGUUGUCCAAUAUAUACACUGAUGCUAACAACUUAGAGGGGGUUUUAAGAGUUAGAGUCAUGAUGAGGGAAAGAAAGCUUAGGAAGGAUCCAGGACACAGCUAUGUAGAAUAUAAGGGAAAAAUGCACCUUUUUCACUCGGGGGAUCUGAGCCAUCCUCGAAGUAAGGAAAUAUAUAGGAUGUUAGAUAAAUUGGAAAAUCUUGUGAAGGAGAUUCUUCCACCAGAUGAGAAAUGUCAAGGAAGAAGCGAAGAACUCUUACUUGGUACAGGGGUGCACAGUGAAAAACUGGCAAUUGCAUUUGCUUUGUUGAAUUCUAAGAGUGGAACAGAAAUUACUGUCAUGAAAAACUUGCGAGUGUGUGUGCAUUGCCAUUUGUUCAUUAAGUUGGUUAGCAAGAUUGUUAAUCGCCAAUUUAUUGUUAGAGAUGCCACUCGCUUUCAUCAUUUCAGAGAUGGGAUCUGCUCAUGUAAGGACUACUGGUGAAACCAAUGCAGCUCUAUUUAUCAAAAAUUGCUUUGGAUAGUACUCAGAGAUGUCUUACCUCACCUAAGUGAUUGAUGCUGUUAGUGAGGGAGGAGGACUGAGGACGAUGCAUCCAUGUUGAGAAAUUCUAUAAAUAUGCACAACCACAACCCAAUUAUUUAGGAAAAUAGGAAAGAAAACUGUGAAUCCGCUGAGCUUGGAAAAGGAAGAUUGCAACCACAGCACGGGAUGUGCAAUGGUUUUCUAUUCUAUAACAUGAUGAGGCUAACUUCCGAUGAAGAACUAUUCUUUUUCGCAUGCAAGACUCGUCCUGAAACCUUUAAGAAAGUCAAGCAUGCGCUACUUAAAUCAAUCACCAGUUGGUCAAGUGCAACUUCCAGUGGCAAAAAGUGUAUGGCGUCCUUCAAUUGGCAAUAGCAAUUUUUUUUCUCUGUGGAGUCCUGGAAAUCCUCCCAAGGAGGUGAUUGACUUUUUUGCCCAACACCGUAAACAGUUUCCCUAACAAUGACAUACCCUCUAAUUUUGUCCACAUACAACAAAAAAUGCUCUUAAUUAC